AUGGGUGUCAAGGAUGGCCAGUUUUGGGGUCGCAUCUCACCGAGCAUGCGUGGUGAAGUGUGGUUUGUUAGUUUUGAAGUGGAUGAUGAAACUGUGCAGUUUUGUCUCGGUGGAGGAAGAAGAGGAUUGAAGAAGGAAAUAGGCAGAGAGUGUCACCUCCGUCAGAGGAUGUCUCACUUGGUAAUGGUGGAAGUAGUGAAGGCCCUAGCAGCGGACACGACCUCAUGCAGUACAGCGAAGGGAAUGCCGACAAAGUACGCCAUCAGAUGGCAAAAGUACUUGCAACGCAGAAGCCCAAGUGCCUCCCAGCCGAAGGCAGUCUUGGGUGGCUCAUCACCAUGCGUGCAAGCUUGGCGAGACGAUGGACUUCGCAUCACUUCUGCCAACUCUCGACCAACUGACUCGGUAGCUCUGACAGAAGUUUCAUCGUGUGCAACGUCGCAGUUCGAUUGA